UCCGGGGUCCGGGGGAGCGGGAGGGAGGCGCGCGGGCGAAAGGCUCGUUGCUGCAGCCUGCGGCGGCUUCGGAGCGCGGCGGGGCCCGGCUCUGAUCCCGUCCGCGCCUGGUCUCCUCCUCCUCCCGCGACUCCGCGCGCCAUGCGCCCCCAGGGCCCCGCCGCCUGCCCUCCGCGGCUCCUCGGCCUCCUGCUGUGUCUGCUGCUGCAGCUGCGGGCGCCGUCCAGCGCCUCCGAGCCCCCCAAGGGGAAGCAAAAGGCGCUGCUCCGGCAGAGGGAGGUGGUGGACCUGUAUAAUGGAAUGUGCUUACAAGGGCCCGUGGGGGUGCCAGGACGAGAUGGCAGUCCUGGGGCCAAUGGCAUUCCUGGUACCCCUGGAAUCCCAGGUCGGGAUGGAUUCAAAGGAGAAAAGGGGGAAUGCCUGAGGGAGACCUUUGAAGAGUCCUGGACACCUAAUUACAAGCAGUGUUCAUGGAGUUCACUGAAUUAUGGCAUUGAUCUUGGGAAAAUUGCAGAGUGUACAUUUACAAAGAUGCGUUCGAACAGCGCUCUAAGAGUUUUGUUUAGUGGCUCACUUCGGUUAAAAUGCAGAAGUGCGUGCUGUCAGCGUUGGUAUUUCACAUUCAAUGGAGCUGAAUGUUCAGGACCUCUUCCCAUUGAAGCCAUAAUUUAUUUGGACCAAGGAAGCCCUGAACUGAAUUCAACAAUUAAUAUUCAUCGCACUUCUUCUGUUGAAGGGCUUUGUGAAGGAAUUGGUGCCGGAUUAGUGGAUAUUGCCAUCUGGGUUGGUACUUGCUCAGAUUACCCAAAAGGAGACGCCUCUACUGGAUGGAAUUCAGUGUCUCGAAUCAUCAUUGAAGAACUACCUAAAUAAACUCUUUAAUUUUCA